AUGGAUUUCGCCCAAGAAUCAGGGCGUGCUGGUCGCGAAGGGCAGCUGGUAGAUGCAGUCAUAUUAGUUGAAAGCCCUCGUCAGAAAGCACCUGCACUGGACAUACCAGUAGACCAUUCGUGGCAUGCACUUGACGAGGCCGCUAUCCAGGAAUUUAUCAAUCCCCGCCUGGGCGCCUGUCGACGGAGUAUCUUGAGCCUCUUCCUGGACGGUCAGUCAGUUACAUGCACUCAAGCCCAGGCAGCCAAUUGCGACCUUUGUGGUAAAGGCAGUACAGAACUCACCAAUGUCUUGAAACAGGACGCCCAAGAAGAAGCCAAGCUGAGAAACACCCUGCAAGAGUUAGUCAACGGCUGCCCAGUCUGCUGGCUAAGAGGCUCUCCAACUUGGCUGGAUCACUUACACUCACAUUGCGAAUGGUGUACAACCGUUGAACAAGGCCUGAGCGUAGAAACCUGCGACUAUGUUAGAGCCCGCAAGCUUUGGUGGGAUCAAGGGAAACGGGGGGUUCAGAGUACACACACCUGCUGGAAAUGCGGUAUAAGCCAGCACUUCUGCGCUACUGGGCAGGACGAGGCCAGGCCCUGUCAGUGGCCAGGGGUGAUGAUUCCUGUUCUUGUCAGCGUGGCCUACUGUUUGACAAUAUCAGGAGAAACCCUACAUGAAAAGCUGGGGUUUCCGAGAUUUAACAGCAUUAAGACCCCAGAGGAUAUGCUGACUGGUAAUUUCUACUGGCUUGCAAAAAAGCACGGCUGUCGAAAAUGGGGUUAUGUUGUGAGCAACGCUAUGGUUGUCUUGGCGGCUGUCCUGACCCAUUCUGACGUACGGGAGGAGAUUAGUCGUUUGCUACGCCGCGAUAGUGUCAGUUUACAUGCAGUGUCACCGGCUACCUGCUAG